AUGGCAGCGACCAGCUGGCUGUUGCUGUGGCGGUCUCCGCCGCUGCCGCUGCUGCUGCUGCUUCUCCCCCUCACGUCCCGCUUCCUGUCCGAGUCCGCCUCCACCACGACUUUCCCCAAAGACCUGGAGCCUCUCGUCAUGGUCGGCUCGGAGCACUCGUACAAGUAUCCGGGCUUUCAGGGUUUGCUCCAGGACAACGACACGCUCCGUCUGGGUCUGGAUUUCCAGAGAAUGUUACGCAUCAACCACAUGCUGUACAUCGCAGCGAGAAGUUGACGUGGAAGUCUAAAGAUGUCGGCAAGUGUACAGUUAGAGGGAAGAACAGCGAUGAAUGCUACAACUACGUCAAAGUACUGGUUCCCAGAAAUGAUGAGACGUUGUUUGCUUGCGGGACCAACGCUUUCAACCCGACUUGCCGGAAUUAUAAGAUGACCUCCAUGGAGCAGGUCGGAGAGGAGGUGGUGGGUCAGGCCCGCUGUCCGUUUGAGUCCGGUCAGUCCAACGUUGGACUCUUUGCAGGUGGAGAUUUCUACUCUGCUACCAUGACGGACUUUCUGGCCAGCGAUGCGGUCAUCUACAGGAGUCUUGGAGACGACCGACCCGUUCUCAGAACCGUCAAAUACGACUCCAAGUGGCUGCGAGAGCCGCACUUCCUGCACGCCAUCGACUACGGGAACUAUGUCUACUUUUUCUUGAGCGAGAUCGCAGUGGAAUACACGGCCCUGGGGAAGAUGGUGUUUUCUCGAGUCGCUCGUGUUUGUAAGAAUGAUAACGGAGGAUCUCCUCGAGUUCUGGACAGAUACUGGACGUCCUUUCUGAAGGCUCGUCUGAACUGCUCCGUUCCCGGAGAUUCCUUCUUCUACUUCGACGUCCUCCAGUCCCUCACCAACGUGCUGCAGAUCAACCAGAGGCCGGCAGUCGUCGGCGUGUUCACCACUCAAGCUAACAGCAUCCCAGGCUCUGCAGUUUGUGCUUUCUACAUGGACGACAUAGAAAGAGUCUUUAACGGGAAGUUCAAGGAGCAGAGGACCAGCGACUCGUCGUGGACUCCAGUACCUGAGGAGCAGGUUCCCAGACCGAGACCUGGUACUUGUGCAGGUGAUGGUCCAGCGUCAGACUAUAAAUCCUCUGUCGAGUUCCCAGAUGAGAUGCUGACUUUCAUCAAGUCCUACCCUUUGAUGGACGAAGCCGUUUCCUCCGUUAACGACCGCCCAUGCUUCACCAGGACCUCCAGCAGGUCCAAAUUAACUCAGAUUGUGGUGGAUGUUUCUGCCGGUCCCAAUAAGGAUCGAACUGUGAUGUUCUUGGGAUCUGAUGAUGGGCGAGUGCUAAAAGUUCUGGCCAGUACACAUCCAAACGACAGCUUCGGGUCCAAGCUCCUGGAGGACAUAGACGUCUACAACCCUGCAAAGUGUAAUGUUCAGGGUCAGGAGGACAGGAGGGUUCUGGGAUUGGAGCUGGACAAGGACCACCACGCCCUGUUUGUGGCCUUCAGCAGCUGCGUCAUCAGAGUGCCGCUCAGCCGCUGCACCAAACAUGGCGCCUGCAAAACAGCCUGCUUGGCCUCCCGUGACCCCUACUGCAUCUGGCUCCACGCUGGAACCUGCGUCAACGUGGCGCCGGGCUUCAAAGCCGGGUUCCAGCAGGAUAUCGAGGGCAACCACUCCGGCAGCUGUCACUCUGAUGUGCUGGCGACAACACGAAACCAGGAGUCUGCAGCCGACUCCGCCUACGGCGUUCGCCGUCUUCCAGAGAUCGACCAGCGAGCCAGCGCCAACGUCCACUACACCCUGCUGAUUGCGUGUGUGCUGGUGGCGUUCUUCCUGGGCGCCAUCCUGUCGGGUUUCCUGGUGUCGUGCUACUGCAGCCGCAGCUCCUCGCAUCGGGCCAGGAGGCUGGGAAAGGACCCCGAAGCGUCCCUGCCGCACGCCCUGUCGCUGCGAUCCCUGGCUAAACUCAACGGGCUGCUGGACGGACAACCAAAGGAAGACAAACUGGAUGUCUCCACCCCGAAAAUGUACAGUUCUUUCAUUCCCAACGGGCGGGCCGAGCCUCACCUUCACACCCCCGGCCACCAGGGCCUGCAGCUGGGGGACCCCGAGCUCAGCCUGUCCCAGGGUGACGGGGAGCUGUCCGGCCUGCCGACUCCAGACUCGACCCCGGAGGUCCACGUCAGGAGCCUGAAGGCCGUCCGGCACCAUCCGUACGAGAAGAGCCAGGACUGCAGGGACGGCGGCCAAAAGUCCGGCCCCAGCUCCUCCGCGUCCGCUCACGGCUUCAUGGCCGUCGUCGGGGGCUCGCUGACCCAGCAGGCGUUUCCCUUCUCCCAUCACAACCCCAACGCUCUGAGCAACGGGGCGGCUCACCGAGACGGAGCCUCCUCCACCUCUCUGCACCUCCUGGAGGAGAGGGAGAGCCCGAACGAUGAGCGAGGACCGCCAGCAUCAGGAGGAGGACGGGUCCCACAUCAUCACCACUCCCAACAGUCCCUCCCCCAAACCGUGGUGGACGUUUCCGCGCUGGACGAGCUGCUCAAACACAUCCACGAGGUCAGCGCCUCGGGGACCGGCGGCAUCAAGGUGCUCACCUCCACCUCCUCGUCCUCGCUCUUCCCGGGGGCGCCGUCCUCCUCCGGGGGAGGGCACCUACAUCACCACCAUCAUCACAGUCACCACAGCCAGACUCGCACUCACCACAGCCAUCACCAUAGCAACCACCACAACAGCAGCAGCAGCAGCAGCAGCCAGCAUCACCAGCAGCAGAUCCCGGAGACGGAGUCUGCGUCCUAUUACAGCACCACCGCCCUGCCGGGAGGCGGAGUCCCCAAACGCCUGGACGCCGCCGCCCAGAACUCCACCUCCUCCUCUGCCACGUCCUCAUCUUCAUCCUCCUCAUCCUCCAAUAACCCCACCUCCUCCACCUCAAUCCCUUCCUCCUCCUCUUCCUCCUCCUCGACUCCCCUUCAACAGCAGGUGAUUCCUGAGCGGCCCGGCGAGGCGGCGGCGGCGGUGGCUUCUGCGUCACGCCACCAGUCCCAGCGCCACUCCAUCAUCAAAAUGGGCAGCGGGGGCGGCGCCGUCCCCCGUCACCAUAGCUUUAACCAGCGGGGGGGCCACGCGCACUUCCUGGCAAGGAUGAACACCAACAGCAGCAGCAACGGACCUCCGAGCGCCGCCGCCAGCCAGCGGCAGUCGGUCGCCAGCGCCUGCCUGACGCGGCAGCACAGCUACAGCGGGGGGCCGCACGUGCAGCGGGCGGCCAUCGUCCGCAGAACGGUCUCCCUAAAACCCAAAGUUCCGCCAAAACCACUUUUUCUGCCAAACACGGCGACGUCGCCCGUCGAGGAAGCGGGAAAGUACAACUACUGAGGCGGCGCCGCCACGCUCUUCACGGUCCUCAUCAGACCUCAUUACCGUCAGUCGCGGUUAUUAUCCCGCCGCUGCCACACAGAGAGACACGCCCAUCUCCUCAGAACUUUACCUUCACCACAAAGUGAAGCAGCUCAAACAAAAACAUUCCAGAACCGGGACGUUAAAAAUUCCCGAGGAAGCGGCCUGGAAAACGUCCCGACUCAUGCAGUUUUCUUUUGCACCUUGAAACUGAUUUCUGGGAAAGUUGGACUGCAGAUCCGGGAGUGCAGCGGUAGCAUUCCUGUUCUGUUUGUUUCUGAAUUUAUUACGGAAAUUAAAAUGUAAAAAAAAAAAAAAAGAAGUUUCACUCCUUUAAUGCAGGGAAGAAAUUCGCCGAGAGACCAACACAUCCGCCGCCCGAACCAGAAUCCAGCACACGGGGAUCCCAACCAUCCACAGAAAUGUUCGUUUUUAUACCAUAUUGGUAUUUGAGGUAAACAGAUCCUGAGUUCAUGCUCUCCACCCCCUCAAGACUCCUUCAUUUCAAUGGUCCCAUUGCAUAAUUGGCCCUCUUGAAUUAAUAACGACCCAAUUUGCUCCAUUAACUGCGCCUAAUGCAUCCGUGAAGUGCGCGACCUUUGCUGCAUCUGUAAACGCGCUCCGACGCUGUCAAAUGUCCCAGAAAAAUCAAUCAAUUUGAUUUUUCAAAUCGUUCUGAACCCAAAACGACUGAAAAAUCAUUUUAACGCCAGUUUAUUUUCCACUAAUCAGCUUUCCAACUUUUUUUAGUUUUGUUAUCAAUUAGCUUUAAUUGAAAUCUGCAAGACUUCUGUAGAUGUUUGGUAAAAGGAGGAGACCAAAAACCAUUUUUCUCUUUUUCUUUUUGGUAUUAAUCAAAGAAUCGGUUCAUUUAGGGUCCAAAUGCUGAAGGUGAGAAGGACGUCCAGCUGUGAUAUCUACAAAUGAAAUGAAAACGUUUAGUGAGGUUGGAGCGAAGGAGCAGCUCUGACAGACUCUCCCGCCUCGGUCUGCUGCAGACCGCAGGAGCGUUUCGUCACAGAUGGCUUCAAAAUAGCCGACUGUGAAGGGGAUCUGCCGUUUCCUGUUCCACUUUUGCCUUCUAGAGUUUGACGAGCUCAGUCGCCCCCCCCCCCAUGUCACAGACGCAGCCGUUUAGACGGUGGAGAUGAGCAACACUGCCACACACAGCAAUAAGAUCCUGAUAGAAUCUGCUAGAAAGUCCUUUUUUUGCAGUUUGGAAACCUCUGGAAAAUGAAUGGGAUUAUUAUGGGAUGUGGAGGCUGAAUGAAAGCUGGAAAACCAAACUAAACUCUUUAAAAAAAAAAGGCUAAAUUUACCAAAAAAAUGAAAGUUUAUGAUUAUUUUUUUUUUUUAGCUAAGGGACAAAUUAAAACAUUUGACUUUUCCAAUUUAGACGCAUGUUUUGCUUAAAAAGACAUCUUUGGUGUGUUCAAGGACUCAAAAGACAAGAAAAUGACCCUCAGGAAGAAUAAAUGGAGCUUUGAGAAGCUUUUCUGAAAUCACAUUAAAAAAUCCAAUUUAUAAGCUGAAAUCAUCAUUAAUUUAUGAGUAUUUCUUUAAAUUUGCCCAGAGGGGAAACGGUUAUAUAGAUAAUUAAAGGCUGAUCAAUUAAAUUGGAGACCAUUAGGAACAGACAUUUUGACAGUAUUAUAUUUCUACGGAGCUCCAAAAAGGGACAUCAAAGAUAAAAAACAAAAAUAAAA